CUUGCAGAAUGUCGGACCAGGACCAGCGAUCUCUCGCGAGCACAGCAGGCACUCAAGAGCCACACACUGAUUAACGUAACAUCAGGGCGGAUCUCGCGACACUCCCGAGCUUAAUCACUCUAUGCCGUGAAGCAGAUCCCAAACAAACCGGGCCAGGAGGAACCGGACGGUUUCACGGGUUUUUGACACACUGUCCGUGACCUACCACCACAAGGACCAGCACACAUGUCCACCGGGCUCGGGAAGAGGACCUCCGAGCCGUGGGGCAGCUUCGAGGAGAGUGUGAUCCAGGGCGGAGGCUCAGCCGUCAUCGACAUGGAGAACAUGGAUGACACUUCAGGUUCCAGCUUUGAAGACAUGGGUGAGAUUCACCAGAGGCUGAAGGAUGAGGAGGAGAACCCAGAACAAGAUCCAGAACCAGACCCAGAACCUGACCAGGACUUCCUGAAGGAGUUCAAAGGUCAGCUGGGACGGCAGGUGGCUGAUGAGGUCUGGGAGGCCGGGAAGCGACAGGCGUCUAAAGCCUUCAACCUCUAUGCCAACAUCGACAUCCUGAGGCCGUAUUUUGACGUGGAGCCGGGACAAGUCCGGACCAGGUUGCUGGAGUCUCUCAUCCCUGUGCGAAUGGUCAGCUUCCCUCAGAAAAUCGCCGGGGAGCUGUACGGGCCUCUGAUGCUUGUCUUCACUUUAGUCGCCAUUUUACUACAGGGCAUGAAGACGUCCAAUACACAGAUCAUCGGGGGCACUCUGAUGGGCACAGCCAUCGGCACAUGUUUUGGGUACUGGCUGUGCAUGUCGGGGUUGGUGUACUUUUUGGCGUAUUUGGUGAACGCUCAGAUCACCAUGCUGCAGACACUCGCCCUGCUGGGUUAUGGUCUGUUUGGACACUGCAUCGUGCUCUUCGUCACCUACAACAUUCACUUCCACUUCCUCUUUUUCUUCCUCUGGCUUCUCGUCGGAGGACUGUCCACACUGCGCAUGGUCCUUGUCUUGGUCUCUAGGACAGUGGGUCAGACUCCGCGGUUGGUGCUGUGUGGUUCUGUGGCAGCUCUUCACCUUCUGUUCCUGCUCUACCUGCACUUCUCCUACCACAGCAUUGUCCAGGGUUUGAUGGAGACUCUAGAAAAUGGAAACAACUUGGAGCCGAUGCAGCGCGUGGCUCGAGACGUGUCCCAGCUCACACUCAACGCCACACUGUCCUUGUCACACUGAAGAUUGGAUAGCACCUGUGACACUGAAGACAGAACCUUAACAGAACCUGCCCCCCUGACCGCCCCGUCACACCAAAGAAUUUAAUUUGUUUAAUUUGUGUUUAUUUGUUCACCAGGACACAGAGCGUUCUAAUUGGCUGUCAGGUGCAGACCUGUGCGUUGCUGUUUAAUAAGACAAAAAUAAAACCUGUAACAAUGAAAAACUCCAGGGUGUUUUGUUAAUGGUUCAAUGUUUAGGUGAUUCUUUACAGUUCAAGUGUUUUUCUCAACGUUUUUGUUUCUGGACAAACAGAUUUAUAUAAAAUAAAGUCUGUGGGUCAAACUACUU